AUGAAUGAAUGCCUAGACCCGAGUCUAUCUGUAACUCAGGGUGUAGUUGAAACAGGAAGUAAUAUAUACCGGUCUAUUACACAACACGUACAGUACAAAGAUUUCCAUGCAAACAGUAGAUGGGAGAAGGAUGGUAUUUUGGUUUCCGUAGUAACAGCUGUAACUUUGUUGCUGACAUUUCUAAACUGCUCAACCGAAUCAUCGAAUACCGGGAAAAUAUUACAAGGGCUAACAACCCUAACUCUCCUACCGUUACUCUCAUCUUCAAGUUACGGUGAAAUUGCCUUGUGUUUAUUUCUAACGUCAAUAAGUGUUUUUAUCAACAAGAAACUACCAUAUAUUUUACCACGAUGUUUUACAUUCGGAGAAUUGUUUACGACAUCACAGCUACUCAUUCUCAUCAGUUGGAGAAUUAUUCAUACAGUUUUAUUGACAUCAGAAACACCGUCUGCAUCUUCUGCUGAUAUUUUCUGUUCAGUUGGCGUAACAGGAUUAUUGAUAGCCACCAUACUUUCCUACCUCCUUAAUACAUCUUUACAUCCCAUAAUAUUCUACAUUAUAUACAGCGCAUUAACAGUAGUCUUCAUCGUACCAGUACUUUAUAUAUACCUACAGGAGUUUCCACUUGUCUGGUUAAUCAAGUUUAUAUUCAAGUCAUAUUCUAGGGUUUUAUUACUGUGUUAUUGGAUUGGUUGUUCGGUUUUAGCAGGGAGCAUUGUGGGAUACUAUAACACAACACGAGAAGGAUGUCAGAUAUCAACGAUUGUACGUAAAUAUUUCCAUCUGGUUGUAGUGGCGGUGUAUAUACCUGGUCUCGCUGUCGAUGUUGAGUUUCUAUAUUUAUCAUCAGUGGUUGCCAUGGCAUUCCUUAUUAUACUGGAGACGGUUCGUGUAUGUAACAUUCCACCAUUCGGUAAUCUAAUCGACCAAUCAUUUGAUGUAUUUACGGAUGAACGAGAUCAAGGCGUUAUUGUUUUAACACAUCUCUACCUUCUCAUUGGUUUAUCUCUGCCAUUAUGGAUUUCAGAAUCAUUGUCAACUGGAUGUAAUAUAUGUCUAUAUAGUGGUGUAUUAUCGUUAGGUAUUGGAGAUACAGUAGCAUCAUUAGCUGGUUCAACAAUUGGUAGAUUAAAAUGGCCAGGAACAAUGAAGACUGUAGAAGGAACAGUUUGUUCGAUUGUUAUUCAGUGUUUGGUUGUUUAUAUUUCUUAUUAUCUAGGUAUUUUUGUGAUUAUCAAUCAGUGGAAUGUAUUGGCAGCCAUUUUAUUAACAUCUUUAUUAGAAGCAUUUACCACGCAGAUAGAUAAUCUAGUUUUACCUAUAGCGAUGUUCGCUUUGUUAUCAGUAUCGGAAAACCCAUAAAAUAUUGUUACCUGUAUCAGAACACCUAUAAAUUGUUGUGGCCAGUAUCAGAACACUCGUAACAUAUUGUUGUCAGUAUCAGAACACUCGCAAGAUAUUUUAGUCAGUAUCAGAACACCCAUAAGAUAUUUUUGUCAGUAUCAGAACACCCGUAAGAUAUUUUUGUCAGUAUCAGAACACACAUAAGAUAUUGUUGUCAGUAUCAGAACACAUAAGAUAUUGUUGCCAGUAUCGGAACCAGGGAUCUUAAUCGGCUGUUUUUUGUCGGCUUUAGCCGAUUGAUCUUUAAUCGGAACAUACAUAAGAUAUGAUUCGGAACAUACAUAAGAUAUGGUUGUCAGUAUCAGAACACCCAUAAGAUGUCAGUAUCAGAACACCUAUCAAAUAUUGUUGUCAGCAUCAGAACACUCGUAAGAUAUUGUGGCCAGUAUCAGAACACCAAUAAGAUAUUGUUGCCAGUAUCGGAACACACAUAAGAUAUUGUUGUCAGUAUCAGAACACUGUAAGAUAUUGUUGCCAGUAUCAGAACACCCAUAAGAUAGUGUUGCCAGUAUUGGAACACAUAUAAGAUAUUGUUGUCAGUAUCAGAACACACAUAAGAUAUUGUUGCCAGUAUCGGAACACACAUAAAAUAUUGUUGUCGGUAUCAGAACACCAAUCAAAUAUUGUUGUCAGUAUCGGAACACUCGUAAAAUAUUGUUGUCAGUAUCAGAACACACAUAGGAUAUUGUUGUCAGUAUCAGAACACUUAUAAGAUAUUGUUUUCAGUAUCGGAACAAUCAGAAGAUAGUGUUGUCAGUAUCACCCAUAACAUAGUUUUAUUGUGGCUCAAUUUGAUUACUGUGAUAUUUUGACUUCCUGCGUGGGUUGAAGUAAAAUCAUUCCACUGUAAUUACUUCCUAUCAUUUUUUGAAGGGCCAGUGUUUGUAAAUAUUUACAAGAACCAAUAUUGUCUUUCAUGACAGAGCCACUGUGGCUCCGAGAGUGAGGCCCGGGCUCACAAAUCAGGAGGUCCAGGAUUCGGUCCCGGUUGUGGCUGAGAGAGAAAGUGCCCUGGGAUGUUCCAACAUGGAUUUCCCAUGUUUGAGGAUCUGAUAAGGAACAGUGGCUAGUCAUUCAGAUGGGACGAAAAACCAAAGUCUUGUAUUGGCAUUCCUGUGAGUGGUUGUGAUGGUAGGGGCCACAGUACACUGCUAUUGUCAGGGGGCUUGGUUUAGUGUAAGAUUCAUUGAUAGUGUGAAUAAACAAUGUUAUGUAAUUUAUAAACUAUGAUAUAACUCUAUUAUUUGAUAAUUUUAUAUAUUAUUUUAGGAACGUAUAAACAGUAUAUACAGAAACUCAGACUAAAGCUACAGUAUAUCUGAGUUGUAGUGAAAGAGAUCUUUGUAUUAAAUACAGAGACUCAGACUAAUGCUACAGUAUACCCGAGUUGUAGUCAACGAGAUCAUUGUAUUAUAUUUUAGUAACAUAUCUGAAUAAAACUCUGUGAUAUUUAUAUAUAUAUA